AUGACAACUGCGGCGCGAAUGGCAGCCUACCGCACUCAGACAGCCCGACAUAGGAUUGGCGAGGUAACGGAGAUAGGUCUCAUUCGUGCAGGAUAUCAUGCAAUAUUCGAGGGCUUUGGCUUCGAGAACAUCCCCGAUGACGCUCAUGCAAAGCUUGUCGACAGAGCCCCCCUUUCACGCAAGGGCCGUGAAGGCUGGCUGGUGCGCCAUUCCGCUCUGUUUGACGUCACCCACCCCGGAUUUGUGAAGGACCAGUCAAAUAGAGAGUUCUUCCGCAAUGUGGAAGAGCUGAUUUUAUCCUUCUCAGCCUCGCCAGUUGCCGUGCAGGACCUUAUUGCCCAGCUUUUCUCUCUUGGUGUUGCCACCCACGUCGUAGGCGAAUUCAGCGACAUCGAGUAUGAUAAUGAGCACUCAAAGAUUGCUCUCAACAUCACGUUAGACGGGGGUGGCAAUAAGAGACGUCGUUUCGAUGCAAUGUUCGCGUCAAAGACAAUCACGAGCCAUGCCGACGUCCUCUUACAAGAUAUCAAAAGCAAAGCGAUGGAGGCCACCGAGGGGGAUGAAGCGAAGGUCAAGUUGUUCUCCGAGGGGGUUCUCAAAUAUGCUAAGGGCAGGUUCCUCCAAACUAGCGACGGAACCCUCAUUCACGCCACAGACGCUGGCUUGGGUGGCCGCGGUGAUGAUGCCAAAGGAUAUAGGGUGGGCAUGCAGUGGACGGACGCCCACGAUCUCGCUUCUAGCGCCAAUUGGGCCGCCACCGCAUCCCGCACACUCGUUCUUCUCAGCGCGAUGAAGGCCGACGGAAUGAAGACCGGCUACGACAGUUCUCCGGUCCAGGACCUCAUGAAGAUCUACGAAGAGUCGCUUCCGACUGAUAAGGCGUUCGACGAGGAGGUAGCCUCCUUUGAGCAAGACUGGCUCGAGCUUGUCGAGAAGAAGGGCUUCCUCGACACCUGUGAGCACUUCGCGAAGGACGCGGACGACUACUGCGAUCUUGCUGGCAACGCGUUCGGCCACAACUCCCGCCAGAAGUGCCUUUCCCGCCUUGCUGAGCGACACCAUUCGAACUACAAAUUGGAGGGCGUGUACGCGUACAACCUCAAGCGGCGGAACGAAGCAGGGGUGUACAAUCCCGUCAACAAGAAACAGUUCUUCAGACGUUUCGUCGACUUCACGUCCGGCGAACUUGAGCACUGCUGGAACAACUGGUGGGACUCUAACUUCCUGGAGACUGCAGCAGAUGUCACGGCAUGA